AUCGAUUACAUUAUACUGAAGCAGGGCCCGGCCCCCAACGAAACAGUUCAACAAGACUCGUGAAGUGACAGAUUUUCUUAUUUUACCACUAAGGCCUAUUUUCUAUCAAUUCUAACACAAUGGCAGACGACGAAUUGGAGGCUAUCAGGCGGCAACGCAUGGCCGAACUGCAGUCAAAACAUGGGAGUCUGUCUUGGAACCAAAUGAAUCCAGGGGACUCCUCAAAUGACCAGCAAGGGCAACAGGAGGCCAAACAGAGGGAAACAGAGAUGAGGAACUCCAUGCUGGCUCAGGUUCUAGACCAGUUCGCCCGCGCCAGAUUGAGUAACUUGGCUCUGGUGAAGCCAGAGAAGGCCAAAGCAGUGGAGAAUUACCUCAUACAGAUGGCCCGCAUGGGCCAGCUGGGAGGAAAGAUUUCAGAGACUGGUUUGAUCGACAUCUUAGAAAAAGUUAGUCAGCAAACAGAAAAAAAGACAACUGUUAAGUUCAACCGACGAAAGGUGAUGGACUCAGAUGAUGAUGAGGAGGAUGAUUGAUGCGUUGAAAGGAGCCCAGGAGCCAGUCAGACGGCUGGGUUAGGGCGGGAUUCAGGACAUAGGUUGGAGCAGGGCUCUGUUCGUUGGCGGCCAUCUUUGACUUGCCAAAGGCCCUGCAUUAGUGAUGUACCCUGGGAUAACACAUCAGCCCCUGUGUGCAUCUGGAACUCCUUACUAUAUUCUCUCUUAUAUCCAUUUUCACCACGUUUUACUUUUUCUCCACAACAAGAAGCAGAACAAAAUGCAACUUAGGGUAUAUUCCUGCUGCUGCAUUUUUUGGAGACUGCUUUGUGAUACUGUCUGUGUGCUGCUACUGAGCAAUAGUGAAACCAUCAAACUGGACAGAGCACAUGGGUAUAGUCAUCGUUUUUUUAUUCAUUUUUGCUGACCUGUAUCUUCAACCGUUUUACAUUUAAAAAAUAAAAAAGCCUUACAUUUGAAUGCUUAUUCCACAAAUAAUCAACACAGUUUUAUCAUGAUGAUAUUUUGUCUUUGAGCUGAGUGCUUGAAGACUCAUUGAUUGGUCAUAUGGGUUUGCACUAUAUUUGCUUUCAUUAAAAAAAAACUUCAAGUAUAAUCACAUAAGAGCAAUGGUGUAAGAAAAAAAGUCUAAAAUAUAGUUUGUAUUAAAAUGUAGUCGAUAUUCUUUACAAGGCCUCCUAGGUCGUGUAUUAGGCUAUAUGUUGCAUUACAUUGAAAUGUAUAGGCUGACAUUACAUAGUUGGUUUGAUUCACUAGGUUCAAAUACUMUUUUCUGAAAUGUAUGCGAUAUGUGCAUUAAAAGGCUGAGAUGUAUUUGUAGCAGGAUUUGUUAAAUUAUCUCACUUGUUAGUCUACGACAGCACUUGAAGAACUUCCUGCUUCACUCUUAUUGAACAGGUGUAUGGUGAGACCACAGAUAUAUGAAUGGUUGCUUCUAUUGUACACCUGCUACAGGUAAUACUCAAUAUCUGACAGUACAUUGAUGUUCUUACAAGCAAGAUGUAACUGAAUAUUUGGAGAUAAGUUCAUGGGAGAUUUGGUUUCAUGUUCAUAGUGUUCACCCCAAUAAAUCAAUGUCAGCAUUGAUAAAGCA